GGGUAGCAGUGGCCUGAACACUUAAAAGCGACAUACCGGCUGGUUUGAAGCGGUCAGUAUGUAUGUAUGUACGUCCGUAUGUAUCUACUCAACCACUUUGUAAGUUGAGUAACACAACACUUUGUGGCUGCCAUGCCUCUAGUUUAAUGCCCGUCAUAUACACCCCACCUUCCAUUGUCUUCGGCACUGACAAGCGCCUGUCGUCGUUUCUUUUCUUUUUGCUAUUUGAUGAUUGAUAGUUUCAAUAUCAUGUUCGAUGUGCCGCAUUUAUCCCAACCCGCCCUAGGCGCAGCUCGCAGGCACACCCUCGGUCCGGUUGAUAAUGUUCGGAAUAACAACUAUGGUUCUGACCCGGCUUAAUGGGUCAAGAAUGUCUCAAAGUUCCCACAGUCCGGCAUGGCUCAAAAUAUCUGUUGGGUGUAGUCAACUUUUGCUUACUUACUGCAUUCUAAGCUGGUUAUGCAGCCAUUUGAUGACCCUGGACCAUGCCGCAUUGCCCGUAUUCGUGUCAUUGAUAUGGGUAGAAUACCGACUUUACCGAAAACCAACAUCCUCAAUCACUGGGAUCGAUGUCCUGCUGAUCCAUUCAGAGUAUCCUCCGACAAGAGGACGUUGGACAAUGAUUCCACAUUGCCAAUACGGAUUCCACCAGCGUCCAUUGACUCGAGACUUGGUAGGACAAUCUCCCCGGCAUAGUACUACGGUUCCAAUAUAGAGGACAAAUAGCAAUCGCCCCGUGCAAGGAGCAGCCUGGCUUCACUGCUGGCAUCAUCCUUCUGCCUUUGGCCUUGGCUUUUUAUGAAAUGGUAUGCCGACAACCUCGAUGCAAAAAUAUACCCCUCUGUCGGAAGAAGCGAUUCAAAAGAGUAUUUAAGUAUGGACUCUCCCGCCAAAUCGGCCAAACAACUUGUUCACUCUGACUGUCUCUAUAUUGCUUCUUCGCUGAGGGUUCCACCAGCAUUUUGUUCAAACAUGGCCCACCAGGCACGUUCAACAAUCUACCUUGAUCCAGAACACAUAUCCUGUACGGGUGGAGGACGAAUAGCCCUGACAUGCAGAAGUUGCGCAGGAAAUCCUCGAAGGUUUGCUCCCCUCAUUGUACCCAACCUUCUGAUGUUAGCUUAAGGCUCCCCAGAGUUAUGGAUUGCAGUAGCUGCCAGGGCCUGGGCUUUAACACAUUCGUCUGUGCGCACUGUAACCCUGAGGCAGCGGCAGGGACAGUACGAAGUGCAGUAUCAUCGCUGCAUCAUUCCACC